UUAUACUCAUUCCUUGUAUUGUAUCACAACAGUUUGAAGUCUUGACGAUUAUAAAUGGGGUUCAAGAACAUAAAUAUUGGCACCAAAGAGGGGGUUUCGAAUGUUGUUGGAACGGCACUUCUCUCAUCGCCAAGGAUAAACAGAGAACAGAUGAAGAAUAUCCAGACGAAUAUCAGUACAGCACUUGUGGUGGACGAUGACAUCAUCAACCGGAAGAUUCACCGGAAACUCCUGGACAACCUUGGGAUAGAAAGCGAGACAGUUACCAACGGCAAAGAGGCCGUUGAUGUUCAUUGCACCGGCAAGAAUUUCGACCUUAUUUUAAUGGACCUGGAGAUGCCCAUCAUGAACGGUAUUGAGGCGACCAAGAAGCUCCGAGAGAUGGGGAUCCAUAGCAUGAUUGCCGGAGUGUCGACGAGAUCAUUGGAAGAAGAAAAGCAAGAAUUCAUGGAUGCUGGACUGAAUGACUUUAAGGAGAAGCCCUUAACGGUUGCUAAGCUUGCCUCCAUUCUCCAUAAGUUUUGUGAAGAUGAUUUGGAACCAGUGACUGAUUGAUUCUAGAAUCAUUAAAUUAUUGUGAUAGAUUCUUAUUUGAAUAUUGAUUUACUAAAGUUCAAUAGAAUUA